AUGAUAGAGAAAAUGCAGGUGGAAGAAAGCAUCUCCCGGGAGUAUCCCAAGAUUCUCAACAGCACCAAUGGGACCAAUGGAUUUCUCGCAGGUGGCUACACCUGCCUCCCCCACUCUCAGCCCUGGCAGGCAGCCCUACUAGUGCGAGGGCGGCUACUCUGCGGGGGAGUCCUGGUCCACCCCAAAUGGGUCCUCACUGCAGCACACUGUCUGAAGGAUGGGUACAGAAUUUACCUGGGCAAGCAUGCCCUGGGGCGUGCGGAGGCCGGUGAGCAGGUGAGGGAGGUGGUCCGCUCUAUCCCCCACCCUGAAUACCAGAUCAGCCCCACCCACCUGAACCAUGACCACGACAUCAUGCUGCUGGAGCUGCAGUCCCCAGUCCAGCCCACAGGCCACGUCCGCGUCCUGCCCCUUUCCCACCACGACUGCCUACCCACUGGCACCUGCUGUCGGGUGUCUGGCUGGGGCACUACCACCAGCCCCCAGGUGAGUUACCCCCAAACCCUACAGUGUGCCAAUAUUGAGCUACGCUCAGAUGAGGAGUGUCAUCAAGUCUACCCGGGAAAGAUCACUCCCAACAUGUUGUGUGCUGGCACAAAAGAGGGCGGCAAGGACUCCUGUGAGGGUGACUCCGGGGGCCCCCUGGUCUGUAACGGAACCCUCCAUGGCAUCAUCUCCUGGGGAGACUUCCCAUGUGGACAGCCCAACCGGCCUGGUGUCUACACCCGAGUCUCAAAAUAUGUUUCGUGGAUCCAAGAAACAAUCCGAAAACACAACACCCCAGAGCACAAAUGGACAAAGAGCCUACAAUAAAACCCAUGUUAAUUUAUCUGCUUCCUUCAUCUCCCCAUGACCUCCUCAC